AUGGAAGAAGGGCCCAGCGAAGACCCGUACACGGAGCAUGUGAAAGACACGUCCACACUGUGCGGCAAGACUCCCUCCGACUGGGCCAAAAUUUUCUACCCCUUACUGCAGGCUGCGCUCAACAGCACUGACUCGGAUCUGAAGCGGUACCCGCCAGCUCUAUCAUACAAAGAUGCCAACCGUAUGUACAAAGAAAUGGGCGCGACUUUUCCGUUCGAGGAUCCGGAACAACCAACAGCGAAUAUGGCGUACCAUUGGAUGCGCCUGUACGAAGUUAAGACACGAGUCUAUGAACUGGGACAGAAACGCAUGCACGUAGACAAGAUUAAGGACAAACGCGUGCGCAAAAGGACCCGAAAACUUAUGAAGAAAGUCAGGACCACGUGAUGGGAUUCAAAAAGGUUCUUGCUAUAGUGUGAUCGGCUGAAAGGAGAGAUGCGUGCUAAACAAUCCACCGCAGCGAGCGAAACGGUACGCAAUGGUUGGCAUGGCAACAUGGAAAGCGAAAUGAAAUCGAAUGAAAUGAAAUAAAUGCGAUCAGAUGUCGUUGCCUUCGCACCGAAUGGCCCAGCUGGGAUCAGAGAGUGUGUCUACGACCACACAAUACACACACACUCGUCAAUGGAAUGGGCUGGCAGGUGCUAUGCUGCACCUCAACAGAUGUAUUAAGGACCGCUUUGGGCAGGAGAAGACUGAAGUUACACAAGCUUAUACCAUAGGCAGCUCUAAGAAAUCAGUCAGUGGAAUGGGUAAACAUGUCAAAAUAAGCCAAACACAAGCUUAU